AUGUCUGUAUCCGCUGGUAGUACCUUCUCUGGAUUCAACCCCAGCAGUUUCAAUGGGUUUCGACAACUGCACCCUGUCCAAGCACAGUGGCAUGGUAACACUCAACCAUCGCAUUUUGAGGGUUUCAAUCGGCAAACGGAGUAUGAUCCAACGCGUGGUCUGACCACGACAGCUUACAGCGGUCAGACUCCAUCAGUCCAGAGUCAAGUUACACCUUCGAGUGAUACCAAGUCGUCUUCUUCUUCCUCCUGGUGGUGGCCGUUUUCAAGUAAGAAGGAGGCGCCAAUUACUUCGACCCAGACCCAAUCACAACCCGCGCCACCUUCACACUAUUCGCCAUCCGUCGCACCUUACAGUCCUUAUAUUCCUUCAAACCACUACAACAAUCCAUCAACGCCACAAGCCAUGAGCGAAGCACAGAGACAAGCCGACUACCAGCAGUUCCUUCAAUCGCAGGGUUCUCAGACCAUCCCCUCGAGUGGUGGCACCGUACCGUCUACCUUGUCCUCUGGCGGCCCACAAUCACUCAUCGCUCCAUCAAGACCUAAUCUGGGACAGGGUACAGAAGUUUCAGCGAAUUCUCAACGGACGGACAUGAGGGUCAUCCAACGGGCCGACAAGACUCUGCUAGUGGAGGUGGAUACAAGUCAAGUCAAGUCGGACACAUACACCAUCACCACUGCGGAUGGUACCGCCUUCACGAUACAGAUCGGGGGUAAUGGUACACGGACGGACCAAAUAGUCAUCGAUCGUGAAACCGAUCCAUGGGCUUCCCGAUAUGGCCUUGAACCUCUGUCAACAGGAGUCGCAAGGACGCGUGACGAGCGAAUCAAGUGGUUCUCCGACAUGCUGACUGCCAGCAAUCCAGAUGCACCACCGACUGUCAUCCGGCUCGCAGCCGAACACAUGGCUGACCGGGCAGGAAAUGCAAUGCUGCCACAAAUGUCCCAACAGGGAUUAUCUUCUCAACAGCAACCUCAGACCGUGCCAAGCGGUGUCUCGGCUGACUUGGUGCAACGGUGA